CCAAGUUGCAAUGAGUCUGUAGGUGUGUUUGGGUCACAGCCGUUCAGCUGUUCAGCAGCCUGACCACAAAGUAGAGUUACACCAGAAGGAACCUUCAACAAAACACAGAAACUUGAAGCAGAAGGUAAAAGUUGGUGCUGAUUGUGAGCAAUGGAAUUGAAGGUGUGGGUGGAGGGUAUGGUCAGGGUGGUUAGUGGCCUAUCAUUAAACACUUCCUGCCGGGAUGUCGUCAUAGCUCUUGCACAAGCAAUAGGUCAGACAGGUCGUUACAUUCUUAUCCUGAAGUUACGAGGGAAUGAGAGACACUUGGUUGCUGAUGACUGUCCAUUGCAGCACCUGGCUCAACUGGGACAGUUGACCGCAGAGGUCCAGUUCAUUCUGCGGCGGAUAGGCCCAAGCUUCAGUGAAAAUCAAGACACCUCCACCAGUGAGAGACAUCGUCCGCUUCCCAGACCCUUAGAACCAGAGCCCCUCAAACUCAGAGACCCACAAAAGGCUUUCACCUUCAAUCUGGGUCCCUCAACACUUCCCAAAAGGACUAAACCAAAGAAGAACUGGUCUCGGUCACCCAGAUCCUCACCAGAACCAAGGGCUUCACCUAUCUCUUUUGUAGACCGUACAAACUCUGUGAAGACGAAUCCCUCUUACCCCUCCAAAGAGGAGCUGUUUAGGCAGCUUCUGCAGCAACAGAGGAGACUACAGGACCUGGAGAUUCAACUUCAAGAUCUGGAAAGAGAGACAGAGUUGUGGGAGAGGUCAUCGCCUGCAGUUCCUGCUGUGACUCUCAUAGAAGAACUGGAGGAACUAGAGUGGCAGCUGAGGCAGAACGAGGUUGAGCUGAUGCAGGGAGAAAACUGGGAGGAAGAGUUACAUGCAGAGAUUGAAAGAGAACAAGAUAUGUACAGGCAGUUACACCAGAUACAGUCGUCCAUAAAUGAUCAAAGUCAUGAAAUCAGGGCACUUCAGACCCAUUCUGCACAUCAAGAAGAGGACCUGCAAGUCAGAGCCCAAAGGAAAAGUUCACAGAUGUCCACUCCACAGCAAGAUGAGGCCCUGAGGUCCCUGAAGCAGGAACUCCACAACCGCCUGCAGUUAGGAGAAGAACUUGAUGCAAGACUGACUGAGAUAGAGCUGGAGUUAGAAAAUGCAGAGGAAAGGGUAAAGGACAGACUGGACACAAUUGAGGAGCUGAACAAAGAGCUGAGACAGUGUAAGCUGCAGCAGUUCAUCCAGCAGACCGGUGUAACCUCACAGACGGACCAGACAAACUCCCUGCUAGUCAAUGAUAUUUACCUCAACAAUGCUGGCAUUAGGAAAUAGAAACAGCUGAAGACACUAUACUUCAGCAGGUAUCUUAAAAUCAUUAUUACCUACAGUUUGGCACAUUUUGUUUUCAUAUUAAAGCAAGAGUAAAUUGUCACUGUAAGGUGAACUGAUUGUAAAACAUUCUCUCCAUUCAAGAAGAAAAAGCAACAACGAUAACCACAAAACUAAGAAGAAGAAGACAUUACAUGUUUCCCUGCAAUAACAUUUUAUGUUUAUGCCACGCUUAACGUAAAGCUACUGUCAUAAUACUGGAUAUUAUUAAGACUGUAUUGAGAUAUUAUUUAUUACCUUUUUUAUUUUGAAAUUAUUUCCUAUCCUGUAUAGUGUUUUAUUGCCUGUUUAUCCAUUAAUGUGUUGUAUUUCAGUCACCCUGAGUGUAUACAUAUCGUCACGCCUCUCCCUUUGUCUGUGUCUGGUCAUUUCUUCAUCUACGCAUUGUUGUUCUUCCACUUAUGUUCCUUGUCCUUUGUUCCUGAUUGUAAAUCAAAGCAUGUGUAUUUUUAUUUAGUGCUCAUGUAGUGAAUGAACACAGCUUGGCUCCUAAAACAUGACAUAGUCCACCUCCCACAAAUGAGAACAGCUUUAGACAGUUCCUUGGUAAACAAUGGGCUAUUAAGGAACUGCCACAGGCUAUUACAGUAUAUACCUGUACUCAGCAGAGACCAUAUAACUGCUUAUCCCUUAAGGGUUGUGGAGGGCUAGAGCCUAUUCUACCCAUCAGAGAGGUACACCCUGAACAGGCUGCCACUCUAGUAGGGCCAACA